CGUUUUCGCAGUGCAUCCGUACAUAUGUACGCGUCUCUGGAUCCAAGUCUGAGUGUGUGACCGCCUCGCGCCCUGGAUGCGGGGUAAACACGUGAGCGUGCCGCGAGUCCGCGACAUCAUCGCGACGCGCUCGCCGCGAACGUUGGUCGGAGCAGCGUGCUCCAUCCUGUUCGGGCCCGCAGCCAAGGACCUUACGUCUCUUCCCUCAUUGCUUGCAUGCGCGUCCUACCAUAGCCUCUUGUGCUUCUCUCCUACAAUCUAACCUUGCAUUGCAUUCGACUGGCAUGCCCGCUGGCUCACCAACGCCAUGGUCAUACUUCUUCAUAAGAUUAUUGUUCAAAUUCGUCCUCAAAAUAUUCUAUGGCACCAUAGUCGUCGAGAAUGCGCAGGUCAUACCGCCUAAAGGCAAGCCCUGCAUCGUAUGCGCUAACCACAGUAACUCGUUGACCGAUGCCUUACUCCUGGUCACGGCCAUUCCAUCCAAGAGCCGAAAUCUCUUGCGGCUCACGGCCAAGUCUACGCAGUUCGGAAAGAAGACAUUCACCAGUUGGCUAAUUGAGUCUGCUGGUACCGUCCCCAUCAAGCGGCGUCAAGACCAUCCCAAUGGCGACGGGGACAACUCUGCUGUGAUGCAGCAUCUCAUCGAGGCUCUGGAGUGCGGAGAUGCUGUCUGCCUUUUCCCGGAAGGCAUGAGCAGGUACCACCCGACCAUUGCUCCGCUCAAAACCGGAGUUGCUCGCCUUGUCUCCGACGUUCUCUCGCGCAAUCGAUAUAAUCCAGACUUCGAGGUGUUCGUGCAGACAUGCUCGAUUACAUACAUGUACGUGGCACAUCUGUCGCAUCCUCGGUUUUGCGUCAUGACUUCGUCCAGGCACCGACAGCACUUUCGGUCGGACGUGUUGGUGACAUUCCACGAACCUUUGAGGUUCACUCCCAUGGACAACCCUGAACUGCUCGCUCCGAUCGACUACGAGGAGAUCCGUGCACUCACAGCGAAGAUGCACCAGCAGAUCAGCCUUGGUACGCUGGACGCGCCGUCCUGGAGGAUGACCCGGAACGCGAAGCUCGCAGCGCGCAUAUAUGCGCCUCUCGGGACGACGAUGAGCUUGGGCGACUACGUUCGCGUCGUUCGGACGUUCCUGGAGGCGUUCAAGCUCGCGGAGAGAUCUAUAUGCGAGAACCAGAGCGGGAGCGAGGGCGAGGUUGUGAACAACGAGAAUAGGGAGGGUGCGAUGCGGGAGGACGAGAAGAUCCGGCAGUUGGGUGAAGAUCUCAAGGCUUAUCAGGACCAACUCGCACGCUACGGCAUCAAAGACGACCGCAUCCGUCGGCCGCUCCCAACGCAUGUUAUUCUUUACCGCAUCGUCGUGCGGCUCGCCUGGUCCGGCUUCCUCUUCACCAUCUCCCUCCCCGGCCUGCUCCUCUGGCUGCCCGUCUUCCUCACGACCUUCGUCGCCGUCUCGCGGUUCAAGCGCACGGGCCCGAUCUGGGACACCUGGGACGAGAUCGCGCAGUACAAGCUCAUCUACGGGCUCCUCUCCGGGCUGUGCGUCUGGGGCGGCGCGACGCUGCUCACGCUCCCCGACGCGAUCGCCGCGUUCCGCGCGUUCGCCAUGCUCUGGACGCUCCUCCGGAUGGGCCAGAAUCGCAUCUGGGAGCUGCAUGCGGUGCGCGAGCAGCUGCAUAAGCGCGUGAUGGAUAUGGCGGUGAACACUCUGGGACUCCCACCGGAUCCCGAGACGUACUUCGCGCGGACGGGAGGGAAGGAGAAGGGAAGGGUGCGCGGGAGGUGGGCGAGCAAGGCGAAGUAUUUCUCGGUCCGCAGGAGGAGGAAGCGCGACUGGAACGAGACGCUGCGGUUGUAUGACCAAGUGGACUACCCCGAAGACGAAUACUGA